CCAUGCCCAACCACAGCUUAUCUCUUGAACUAUUCUUCAGCACACAUUGGCAAGCGCUCUUUAAUUUCGCACACCCACCAUUGCAUUUUCUUGAGCUGAUCAUCGAGUUGCUCUCUUGAAGUUUCUAUCCUCUUCCAAAUUUGGUAGACGAUUCUGAGAAGAUCAAGAACAAGGUAUCUGCCAUGCUGAAGCAGAUGCUCAUGGCCUUGUCGGCGAUGGCCAAGUCGAAGUCAAUGGCUCUCAGGAGGAAGACGAACGCCCUCCGGACCCGCCUCAUCAUCUUCUCGCUGCUGCACCACAACAAGAAGUUCUUCGUCAGCACCCUCUCUCACAAGAUCCAGAACCUCCUCUCGCAUCACCACCACCACCAAGACGAGAAGAAGCCCCGCGAGGAGGCCGACGAUGCCGACGUGGCGGCGGAGCAGCCAAGCGAGAAUUCCAUUGUUAGCUACUACAACAGCAAAGCCCUGGCGCACGAGUCUAUGCCCAUUCCGACUCACUGCGAGCCGGCCAAAGACGAAGAAGAAGAAGAAGAUGAUGAUGAUGAAGUUGACGAGAAGUACCCAGAUUUGAGACACACGUUGUUUGAUGACAUCGAGGACUCGUCGCUGGGUGGGUCGGUAAUCGAGUUGGUGAAGCACUCCAAGGAAGACAGAGGAGAGGAGUUCGUGCUGGAGAACGAGAUCGACCACGUCGCUGAUCUGUUCAUAAAGAGGUUCCAUCGGCAGAUGAGGUUGCAGAAGAUGGAGUCUUUCAAGAAUUACCUGGAGAUGCUCAGUAGAAGCGUCUGAUUAUCGACCAUCGCUAAGGAUUGACCAUUAUUUCAUUACGACAAGACUUCAUGUGCAGUUGUAUCUAACGUUUUAAAAGAAGAAAAAGAAUAUUAAUCUUCUCAAUAACAAAGUUAGUCAGCAGUUGUUUUCUA